GAGCAGAGAGAGAGAGAGAGAGAGAGAGAGAGAGAGAGAUGCAGAGUUUAUUAUCAGUCCAGGCUCUGACCCUGCGACAGCUGGGUAAACUGGGCUGUGUUCAGGUUCCGUGUGUGUGGAACACCGUGAGUGUUUCUCUGUGUGGUCCACGAGCGCUUCACGCACGUCAGCUGUGGGGCUCCAACGCUCCUCUGGUUCAGCGCUCAGCUGCACUCCUGAAGCCCAGAGACACCACACGCAGCUCACCGUACCAACAAACACGCUGUAAAGGCUACAAGAGGAAAAAGGGCCAGACAGGAAAUGCUCAGGAGGAAGAGGAUGAAGAGGAAGAGGACCCUGAGGCCAGCGAUUACGAGGACGAGCUGCAGGAGGAUCCCAGUUUACCAAAAGACUUUAAAGAUCAGCAGAAAGCCGUUCAGUCCUUACGCUUCGACCUCGUCAUGAAGACGGGACUCGACAUUGCCAGGCAUAAAAUCGAGGACGCUUUCUACGACCACAAGCUGAGACUGAACGGAGAGAAGCUGAUAAAGAAGAGCAAGACUGUGAAAGUGGGAGACACGCUGGACCUGAUCGUCGAAGAAGACAAAGAGAAAGAUGCGGUGACGCUGAAGAGAGUCGUCCUGAAGAAGAUUGUGGGAGAAACAAACAACGGAGAGAAGCUGAAAGUCCUGCUGAGAACCUGGAAACAUCUCCAGCUUCCCAAACAAGAUGCGUUUAGAGAAUAAACGGCGUUGAUGAACGUGAGAAUGAACUUUAACACAGAGGAUGUAAAAUAUGACAACUGACAGAAUUUAAUGGACAUUUUCUCAGCGUUGUUGGGAUUUCACUCCUGAGGUCUAGCGGAGGAACCGUACAGGAUUAUUUAUGGCUCAGACUCUAAGCUUAUCUGUGUGCUUAGAAAUAUUACAGAUAUGACUAUUAAAUUUUCACUUCAUCAUAA